AUGUCUAAAGAAGUUUUCAACGAGGGGCCUACAACGUCACAGCAUAUCGAUGCCGAAAAUGAUGAUCAUUUCAACAACACAACUUUCAAACUAAAAAGAACCAGGUCAUUAGGUCUGCUUGAUGAUUUUAUUACUCAAACACAGUCUCUGGACACUAAUUCAACUCCCGGAAAAGACAGUAAGUUGACAUCGAAAGAUUUUGUGUCUGAUGCUACUCUGCAAAAGCUAAACAUCAAAUCAACAUAUGACGAUACCGAGAAUAUCCCACGUUUUUACACCAGGGUGAUACCGUCUUCUUCCAAAAACAAACGAGUGGUGUUGUCCAACUCGCCACAAAGUACACACAGUGAUGAGCUCUCCGACGAGAAUUGCAACUCCGAAGAUUCGACAACUACGACAGCUACUGCCAACUCGAUCAGUCUCACGCCAAAGCAUGAGCUAAGGAAACAACAAAACCCGACUCAAAUUCAUGAACAUGAUGAAAUACCUGCUCCAUCAUUGAUUUUUCAACAUCACUUACACGAUGAUAUUGAUGUUGAGCAUGCUCCUGAGCAACAUGUUGAUUAUUUGUCACAUGAUUGGGAUGAAAUGGAAAUUUCGAAGUCUUGGAGAUAUGUCACGUUAAAAAGAAACAACUUUGCCAAUUCUGCAAGACUUGAAAACGCUUCCUGGAGAACUUGGGCCCAGGCACGAAAUGGAUUAAAGACUAUAUCUCCUGCUGAACUCAACUGGAGUAAGGAAAGUGAUGUUACAUGGCUAUAUGGCCCGCUUUACAAAGAGGAAAAGCACGAGUUUGAUAUCAUGGAUUUCAAGAAACACCAAAAGUCUAAACAGCAAGAUCAUAAGUCGUCCGGUCGUCCUACUUCUCAGACAUUUGUUUCUUGUCCUUCUUCAAACGAUUCAUCUCCUACUAGUCCAUGUCUCUCUGAUAGAUUUUCGGAGCAUUUGAAACCAAUUCUGAAAAAACGAACCAAUGUUGAAAAAAUGAUUAGCGAUGCUUCAUAUAGUCGCCUACAAACCCUUCUCGAAGAGCAUGAUCAUAAAUUUAAAGGCAGCCCUAUUUUGGAAUCCAUUGGUCAUACAUAUCAUGACUCUCCCUCGCCUGGGAAUUUGUCGAGCCAUGUCAUAACAGGAGAUGCAUCCCCAUUUUCCUUAUCUGCAAAUGCAAUGAUUGAAGAUGUCAAUAAACUUGACAAUCAUUUGCAGGGUACCAACAAUAGCAAUAAAAAGGAACGAAGGAUUCAUUUCAAUAUGAGAGUUGACCAGUGCAUAGCCAUUGAUGACAUCUCAGACUCUGAUGUUUCGGCAGACAAUGAAUAUGAUAGUGAAUCCGAUGACAACCAUUCAGCAUUUUCAACAUCGACGUUACAACCUAAAUCUUAUGAUGACGAUUAUGAUGAAAUGGGUUAUCCGAAUGCAGGAGACGAGGACGACGAGGAUGACGAAGAUGGAGGUUUUAUGCUUCGCACUAGGGUUGUAUCGCCCAACAUAUCCCACAGACCCUCGAUCCGUUAUGGCUCUUCGCAAACUUUUGAUAUGAACAGCCGAAACAACUCCAGUGACAAUUCUCGAAAUGUUACCACUAUUGCUCCAUUACCAGCAACUACGCUCAAAACUUGCUCUGACGAUGAAGAGGCUGAUCCUUACACCGUUUCUCAUAAUACGCGAACCAAUAGAGGUUACGAUUACUAUUAUGACUAUAAUACGGUGUAUGACGAUACUACGAAUCCAUUGUUCUCGGUUAUUAAUAGUCAACAAAAUGUCGAGGUUUACGAUGUGCCCGAAAGCUGUCAAAUUGAAGAUGUGAUGGAUGUCGACGAAAAUAGUGUAAACCAAAAAGAGGAGUUUGCAAACCAAUCUUGGAAUGAAAGGUCGAAUUAUGAAUUUCCAAUUUCCACCUCGGGACCAGAGAAAGAUCUUUCAGACAAGUACGAGUUACCUUCUCGCCAUUCAAAUAUGAAAACUAAUCCUGUUGAGCAUGGAACUGUUGCUCCUCAGCAACUCGCUUCUGACAAGGUUUCUUCUGAUCUGCAUAAAAACUCAUCUGCAUCGGGACAUUUUGACUCAACAAGUUCAGGAUCUAGUCUUUCGACAAUUAAAGCAGGCCUAAGCGGAUUGGAUUUGGGCAAGUCUGGUUUAAGAAGGAGCUCAAGUACCAGCUCAAAAUCAGCGCUUUAUCAAAUGGCUCAAGAGCCUGUAAUCCAAGGUCGCCAAAGUCAGGGGCAAUAUUCGAUCACCAAUGCCAAUCGCAGGAAUUUUGUGUUUGAUGAUUCUGAUGAGGAGGACGAUUCGUCGGAGGACAAAGAAAUGGAGAUAAAUCCGCCAAGGCAUCUAACUAAUACAUCGCACUCGUAA